AUGGUCGGAGAGAGAUGGGUUGUGAUCUUCGUCUUGGCGGUUGCAUGCAAGUUACGUUGGGCUGAUGGACAACCUAAGCCGCAGGUGCCUUGUUUUUUCAUUUUCGGUGAUUCCUUAGUUGACGCCGGUAACAACAACAAACUUCCAACUGAUGCUAAAGUCAAUUACCCACCUUAUGGGGUUGAUUACCCCAAAGGCGCCACCGGAAGGUUCUGUAAUGGCAAAACCUCCGCCGAUGUCCUAGCUGAAAAACUGGGGUUUGGUCAUCACAUUCCACCCUAUGCAUCUGCUAGUGAUCAAGCGCUGCUCCAAGGAGUGAAUUAUGCAUCAGGAUCAGCAGGGAUUCGUGACGAGACUGGUCAACAUAUGGGUGAGAAUAUCCCAUUUAACAAGCAAUUAGAAAAUCACAAAGCGACAAUCUCCCGCAUGGUUGGCGCCUCAGGCGAUAAUCAAACAACGAACAAUCUGCUAAAGAAGUGUUUAUAUUACGUUGGAUUGGGCAGUAAUGAUUAUCUUAACAAUUACUUCUUGCCUCAACGCUACCCAACAAGCAAAACUUUUACUCUCGACGCAUAUGCCAAAGCUCUUGUAACCCAGUUUUCUGAGCAAAUAACGACUUUGUACAAUAAUGGAGCAAGAAAAUUUAUCUUGUCUGGAGUGGGAAACAUAGGCUGCAUCCCACAAGCAAUGCGUUUGUACGGCACAAAUUCCACAGUUUGUGUAAUUAGUAUGAACCAAGCAAUUGCUCUCUUCAACACUGGGCUUGUGGCUCUGGUGAAUCAAUUCAAUCAAAAGUUCGCUGAUGGGAAAUUCAUUUAUAUCAACUGCACAGGGAUGGUGAUUCAGGACCCUUUUGCACUUGGUUUGAAGUAUUUCACAUCAGGGUGCUGUGAAGUAAACGAGCUCGGACAAUGUGCCGCAGACAUAGCACCUUGUGCCAAAAGGUCAGAAUAUUUGUUCUGGGACUCGUUCCAUCCAACUGAAGCCAUGAACGUAAUUACUGCAACAAGAACUUACACUGCUGAGAUGCCUACCGAUACUUUUCCUAUGGAUGCUCGCAGUUUAGCUCAGCUUGAUCUUGCAGCUCCGAAAGCCACUUAA